AUGUAGAUAGAUAGCCAAGCAAUAGAUUUAAACAGACGAAUAUUGAAGUCAAGUUUAACGAGAUAAUUCACAAGAUCACCAGCAAGAUCAAGAAAAAGAAUAAUAUCUUUACCUCCGUUAGAGGCAGCAUAAAAUUAGUACUAAAAAUUAAAGCAACGUAAUAUUGCAUGCCACAAAGAAAGUCCAAGAGAAGUAUUUAAUUCAAUUAUCAGCGUUGUAAGGUUUGAUAUGUUUGACCAUUCGUGA